CCUUGGAGUCCCAUAGCCCCCCCCUUGGAGAAGAGGAACGCAGAGAUACAGCGUCCGUCCCCCCUCACCCACCACGGAGAAGAGGAACGCAGAGAGGAAACGAAUUAGAUACGGGAGGUAAAGGAGACGCAUAGCAGCUCACACUAACAAGACCCAGAGGAGAGGAAGAAGAACUACAGAGACAGGAGAGGGAAAAAAUAGAAAAGAAGAGAAGAGAAGAGAAGAGGGAAAGAAGAGAGAAAAGAGGAGACAAGAAGAGAGAGAAGAGGUGAAGAAAGAGGAUAUUUGACAACAUCAGUGUGUCAGAAGAGUGAGACACACUCUAUCUCUCUUUCUCUUUUUCACACACACACACACACACAUGGUUUGAAUUGGAAGUGUGACAAAAAGAGGGAAGAAAGUGAGACUGCCUCAGAUACUCAAGCACACACACGCUCAAACACACACACUCCCACACACACACACACUCGUGUGCUUUGAACAUCUCUGUAUCCCACAAGUCUUUCUCUCUCCAUCUUUGCCUGGUUCAGUUCUAUUUCUCUCCAUCUCUCCGCUCUCCUCAUCUCUCUCUCCAUCUCUCCGCGCUCCUCAUCUCUCUCCAUCUCUCUGCUCUCCUCACCAUGCUGCGUGCUGCGUUCCCGGUUCUGUUCUGCUUCUGCUGUGUGCUGCUGGGGGGUCCGGGGGCUCUGGCCCAGGCUCCGGACCGGGACCGCGCGUCCAUGUGGAGGGGGAACGACCGCGGGGGGCGCUGCCAAUAUACCUUCACCGUGGCCAGCCCCAGCGAGACCAGCUGCCCCCCCUCCUCCUCCUCCUCCUCCUCCUCCUCGUCCUCCCCCCUCGGCCCUGGAGGAGCAGAGAUGGACUCCCUCGGGUCCCGACUCAGCCUCCUGGAGACACUGGUGACCCGGCUGGUCGGCGGAGAGAUCGCAGGGGCAGGGGGACCUGGAACCAGGCCUUUAGGACCUGGAACCGGAACCGGACCCAGAACCGGACCCGGAACCGGCCCAGUGAGUCCCCCACAGCAGGAGGCGCACAGGCAGGAGGCGUACCGGCAGGCCGUGGCGGAGAAGAGCCAGCUGCAGAGGGAGAAGGAGGCGCUGGACAGGCAGGUGCAGGAGCUGCGGAGGAGGCUGGAGGAGGCGCAGCAGGAGGUGCAGAUGCUCAGGAGCAGACCCUGCAUGGCACCUCCUCCUCCUCCACCUCCAGCAGCAGUGCAGGAUGGCAGCGGCGGGCUACGACCUCUGGCUGCUGGAGGAGCAGGAGGAGCAGGAGGAAGAGGAGGAGCAGGAGGAGCAGGAGGAAGAGGAGCGUCCGCGGGCCUGAGUCACUUGGUAUCCAGUGGACAGACUGGCGGCCUGAGAGACCCGACGUGGAGCUACGGUGGCUCUCCAGGUUACCAGGAGCUGAAGGCCGAGGUGACCGAGGUCCCGGCACCAACACCUGAGGACACAGCUGACCACAGCACAGCAGGUUGCGGUGAGCUGGUGUCCAUCGGGGACCCCGUGACCCACCGCAAGGCCGACACCAUCGCAGGGAAGUACGGCGUGUGGAUGCAGGACCCUGAGGCCACGCCCCCUUACGGCGGCAGCAUGGUGUGGCGAAUCGACACCGUCGGCUCCGACGUGCGACAGCUGUUUGGCUACGAAGACAUGGACCAGCUGAGCAGGGGGUACCCAACUAAGGUGUUGCUCCUCCCGGAGGCGGUGGAGAGUACGGGGGCGGUGAUGUUCCGCGGCUCCCUCUACUACCAGCGCCGCCGCAGCCGCACGCUGCUCCGCUACGACUUGGCCUCCGAGAGCAUCGCGGCGCGUAGAGACCUGCCGCACGCCGGCUUCCACGGCCAGUUCCCCUACUCCUGGGGGGGCUACACCGACAUCGACCUGGCCGUCGACCAGCAGGGGCUCUGGGCCAUAUACAGCACCAACAAGGCCAAGGGUGCGAUCGUGGUGGCCAAGCUGGACCCGCACAGCCUGGAGGUGGUCCGCACGUGGGAGACCAACAUCCGCAAGGUGACGGUGGCCAACGCCUUCAUGAUCUGCGGCCGCCUCUACACCGUGGCCAGCUACGCCGCGCCCGAGACCACCGUCAACUACGUCUUCGACACGGCCACCGGGAAGGGCUCAGCGGUGGCAGUGGCCCUGAAGAAUAAGUAUCGCUACAACAGCAUGGUGGACUACAACCCCGUGCAGAAGAGGCUCUUCGCCUGGGACAACUACCACAUCGUCUCCUACGACGUCACGCUGGGCAGCAGGGGGCAGCAGAGGGCCUGAGGUUAUACCAUGUAGGCCAGGGGGGUGGGGAACCGCAUACGACCCUCGAGGACAGAGGGACUGAGUUUAAUUUGGUGGCCAGGGUGGGGAACCAUUUACGACCCUCAAGGACAUUUUACUACCACAUCGUCUCCUACGACGUCACGCUGGGCAGCAGGGGGCAGCAGAGGGCCUGAGGUUAUACCACGUAGGCCAGGGGGGUGGGGAACCGCUUACGACCCUUGAGGACAGAGGGCCUGAGUUUAUACCACGUAGGCCAGGGGUGGGGAACCGCAUACGACCCUCGAGGACAUUUUAUCCGGCCCCUGAAAUAAUUCAAAUGUUUUUUUUAAUGCAGUUUCACAUGAUAUAUAACAUAUUUUGCAAAGAAAUCUUUGAAAUUACAUUUG